GGCAUCGUGAGGCUCUCCGCUGAGAAGCAAGGUGAUGGGAUUGACGGAGCAAUCGAAACUGCAGAUUCUGAGUCGGAAGGGUAGUCAUUUUCCGGUGAAGAGGGUGCCUCGGCUUGUAAGUGCUGCUGAAUAGGCUGCAACGCUUGCUCUUGAUGUGGUGCUGGUCGAUGCGGAGACGUAUCGUCUCGACGUUGAAGGGUUGAUGCUGGUGAUGAGUGGGUGAAAAGGAUGAAUAACUUGGAGAAGAAAGAGGAUAGAAGAAAUACAAGGUGGAGAAAACUGAACGCAAUGGGAUGGAGAACAAUGGCAAGCCAUACAACUGAGACCCUUGCUCUAGGCCGCCAGGUACAGCUAGGAAUGCUGUACGACUGUUGCAAAGACGUCCUCAUCCCAGGUACUACAUUAUGGGAUGACAAGACAUUGGGAGAGAAUAUCCUAAUUAAGCCAAGCCCUGGGACUGAAUGUCAUAUCAUUGAAUCAGACACCAUUGCAGAUAAACUGACUGCUCUGAGGGCUCCGGAAUCCAUGAAGGCAAGUCUGCUGUGUGGUCUGGUGGAAGCCCAUGGAGCUGCCAAAUUCUUACAUGAUAGCAAGAGCUCCACCCACCAGGCUUGUGUAACUCUCCAGUAUUCGGCCACAACCAAGGUCAAGCAGCUCAACAUGACAAAUCUCUCUUACCCCAGUGGAUGCAAUCCACAGACAGCUACGCACGUGGUUACUGGUGUGCAGUAUGGGGCGCAGGUCUUCUUCGUGUUUGAUCAAGAGGUUUCUCCUUCUGAGGACAUGCAAGAAAUACAGCAGGACCUCUGCGCUAUGGUUAACAGAAUGCGAAGAUUUCCUUCAGAUGGAGGGGAAGGGGUUGCCACAUUGAAUGAGAAGGAAAAGGCAAGAGCCGAGAAAAUUGCCUGCAGGAUUUAUGGUGAUAUUUCUCUAGAAGAUCAUUCCAUGACUUACCAAGAAGCUGUGAACAUUUGUUCCACCCUCCCCAAGGUGUUGGCUGAGAAGGCUGUGCCUGUGAGGCUCUGGCUACAUCCUCUGAAUCUGCUGGACUCCAAAAUAGUUUGCCAUUUCCAUGAAAUCAGUUCAGAACUUGUUUGUGAAAUCCAGAAUAUCCUGCAGCAACUGGCAGAAAAAGACAAACAAUGCAAUGACCUGGCAAAGAACACUGCUGCGACAACUUUCCCUGAAAUGAAGAGGAAACUCCAGCGAUUCCAAGGUCUGUACCAGCAGUACAAAGAGAAUUUUCAGAAACGUCUGUCAAGAACUGUACCGUUAAUCCGCCGAGGAGAGGAAGUUCAAGAUGCUGUCAUCGACAUUUUAACUAACAAACAGCAGUCACUAUUCAGCUCUAAGAAACUCAGUGCAUUUCUAGAUGAAAAAGAGAAGGAGAUGACGUUUGUGAAUGUCUAUCUUGAUGUCCUGAAAGGUGUGGAAGUUGUACCCACUAAGAAAGCAUUAGACAGAGUCCUAGCCAAUCCUUUGCUGAAGCACAUCAUUGCAUUUGUGUUCACCUCUUUAGAAGAUGAGGAACCAUAUCUGGUAGAACUGGAAAACUCACUAACAAUUAAAAAAAGUCCACAUCAUGGAUCAACAACUUCUGCCAGGGAGAAAUUUGAUUCUACAUUGUGGUUUGAGCACAAAGAGAUCAUAAAAACAGCACGGGAAUCUGCCAAGGCCUUCUUAAGAUUUGCCAGCUUGCCUUCAGAUGACACUAAAUUGAUUAUUAGUGCUCUUCCAGACCAGGACCAUCCAGGAGUUUCCAUAUAUCUGUAUGAAGAUGGAGAGCUAGUCAGCACUAGUCUUGAACCACCCUCCAAGCCUUCCCCUCCUGUGAUUGGCGAAAUCAGCCACGACUCCAUCCAGCUCAUCUUUCAACCUGCCGUCUAUGGCAAGGCUGAAAUCUCUAGCUAUCAGGUUGAGUAUAGGAUUGAUGGUCAGAAGAACUGGGUGUCUGUGAAUACCAAAGAUAAACCGGAGACAUUCACUGUAACAGGGCUUCUCCCAAAUAAUGAAUACCAGUUUCGAUACAGUGCUGUGGGCAGACUAGGGCUCAGUGAGUGCAGUGACAUAACUGACAUUGUGAAGACACUUCCUACUGGUUUCCCUGGAGAGCCUGAGAGGAUCGCGACUGAAUGCCAAGCCAGCUCCCUCACUUCUGAGGAAGCCAGUCUUGCUGAAUAUGACAACAGUGGACGAGAAUACGAACUUGCAAAAGAUAAUGAAAUGAAAAGAAAACCAUUUGAAGAAGCAACACAACUAAAACUACAUGGCAAUGAGGAAGGAAUGAGGAAUGUUUGUAGAGGUGACUUGUUGUCUGCCUCACAUGAACGCUCUGCAGUUCCACCAACAGCUGCUAUUUCACUGCCAGUAAAUGACAGAGUAGUAGACAAAAUGAUCGAACGAAGCACCGUGUUAGAAGAACGUGACCAACUCACCAUUUAUCGCCUUCCUUUAACAAAGUCUGCCUCUUCUUCUUCCAGUUUUAUAAAAUACCGGCUGGGGCACGAAGACUCCCGAUUCUCUCACAAAGUGAUCAUGGUGAUGGGAGCAACAGGAUCAGGGAAGACAACCCUGAUCAAUGGGAUGAUCAAUUACAUCCUGGGAGUGGAGUGGAAGGACCGUUUCAGGUUCAAGCUUAUCCAUGAAGAGACCAACAGAAGCCAAGCUCAGAGCCAGACUUCCGAGGUAACCGCCUAUGAGAUCAAUCACUUAAAUGGCUUUCAGAUUCCCUAUAACUUAACUAUAAUUGACACCCCAGGAUUUGGUGACACCAGAGGAAUAGAGAAUGACAGACUGAUAACAGAGAAGAUCCGGGAGUUUUUUUCCACUCCAGGCGGCAUCGACCAUAUUGACGGUGUCUGUUUCGUGGUUCAGGCCUCUUUAGCUCGCUUGACACAAGCUCAGAAAUAUGUCUUUGACUCGGUGCUUUCCAUCUUUGGGAAGGACAUAAAAGCUAACAUCCAAAUCCUAGUCACUUUUGCAGACGGACAGUUUCCCCCUGUUCUUGAAGCCAUUUUAGAGUCUGAGGUGCCCUGUGCUAUGGAUGGAGACGGCAACCCUGUUCACUUCAAAUUCAACAAUUCUGCUUUGUUCGCCAGCAAUUCUACAGCGAAUGAGACAAGUUUUGAGUUUGAUGCAAUGUUCUGGAAAAUGGGAGCUGUGAGCAUGGAGAGGUUUUUUGUGUCUUUGCACAAUUUAGAGCCUAGAAGCCUACGGAUGACCAAAGAGGUGCUCCAGGAACGGAAGAGGCUGGAAACGGCCGUGCAGGGGCUGCAGCCGCAAAUCAAAGCCUGUCUGGGGGCUCUGGAAGCACUAAGAAAGACACAGCAAGCUUUGGAGCAGCGCAGAGACGAGAUGGAUGCCAACAAGAACUUUGUGGUUGAGGUUGACAAACCAGUGACCGUGAAAAUAGAGGUCACUAAAGGAUUCUUAACUAAUUGCCAGACAUGCUACUUCACAUGUCACUAUCCCUGUGCCUAUGCCAGUGAUCAAGACAAGCGCAAAUGUUCUUCAAUGGAUACAAGUGGAAAAUGCACCGUUUGCCCCGGGAAAUGUGUGUGGAACGUACAUUACAACCAAAAGUACAGGUGGGAAUACAAAACUGUAAAGGAGGAGCAAACAUAUGCCCAGAUCAAGGAGAAAUAUGAAAAAGCCUGUGGGGAAGUGAUGACAACAGAGAAAAUCUUUGAGCAGCUUAUCGAGGAAUAUGAGCUUGUGGAAAAUGUAGUGCUCGAACUGAUUAAGGAAUCGUCUCACAGUAUUGAGCGCUUGCAGGAAAUUGCCUUAAAGCCCAAUCCGAUGGCAACUCCAGAACACAUUGAUUUACUGAUUGAAAGUGAAAAACAAGAAGCUACGCCUGGAUUCCAAGAUCGCAUCAAGGCACUCGAGGGGGUGAAAGAAAUGGCUGUGAUUGUGAACAAGAUUGCCAGAGGCGAACGACUGCUUCCAUCCGAGCAGAAAGCAGCCCAAAAGUGUAAAGCCAAACCAUCUAAGUGCCAAAAAGCGUUCAAUUACUUUGCAAGUUGGCUUCCCUCUAUGAAAAGUGACUCACGUUAAUUUUAAUUACACUAAUUUUCUGGUGAGGCUCUUUUAUUACUAUUACUAGCUGAUAUACCCGGCGUUGCUCAGGUCCCCUAAGAUAUAUGUCUGUGAGGCAAUCAUCUUAAAGUAGUAGGCCGGUAUUAGGCCUUUGAGUUAACCUUUAAACGAAUUAAAUUUAUUUCUUUUUUCCCUUUCUCACCGUCACUACAACUACAAAGCUUAUGAUUUUUUAAUGUAAAAUUAUACCAUUGAAACAGAAGAGUGAAUGGAGGAAUGAUUGACAGCUGAGGCUAGAACAGAAUGGUGGGCAGGGUGAGUGGCAGUUGGAGAAAGUCAGGUAGAAGGAGAACAAGGACAGUUAGUGAGAGGUCAGGGAAGUGGGAGCUGACUUAGGACUGAGAGGUAGUGACCUGGUUCGCUAACCCAUGCUUUAUUUAAAAUCAGCCGCUCUGUGUGCCAGUUCUGCACCUCCCAGCUUGCCUUUCGCAGCCUGCAGGUGCCUGCGUCCUCUGAGACAUCCUCUUGUUGCUGACGCUGCUCCUCGAUAACCCAGUGCUGUGAAGGCAGCCUCAAGAUCACACCCUCAAAAAUCACUUCACAAAUCAACAUAGGCCUCCCCCUCUCUGUUCUCAAUCCUAAAAUCCUAUCUCUGAUCUAAACUCCAUCUCAAAUCAUAUAUCUGUCUGACUCACACAGCACAGCGCAGAGUUUAUAUUUCAGGGUAUGUAAAACCAACAUUUCUUUCUGGCACAUGUAAAUUUCAGCAAGAUUGGUGAAACAUUUUUCGAUUUUAUGAACGUUAUAAUGACACACACACACCAAUUAUUCGUUUAGUAUGGUAGAAUGCAAAACCUACUGUCCGCUCUUAACUACAAGGGCACUACAGUGUCCCUGUAAAUAGCACACAUGCCUUCUCCUCCGCUCACUCAGCCAGUCAUCACACAUAUACAAAUCCACUAUUCUGUCUGUUAUUCAUCACUCUCCCACCAUAGAAAUACUCACCAUAAAAUACAGAGAUUUAACAGGAACGCAUAAGCAUAACCUGCCCAAGGGCCUCUACUUCCCUUGCUCGGCUUCGUCCAUUUUCUUCGGCUGCCCCUUACGCCUGGAACGCUCUUCCAGAACAUUUGAGAACUACAAGUUCAAUCGCAGCUUUUAAAGCUCAGCUCAAAACUUUUCUUUUUCCUAAAGCUUUUAAAACUUGAUUUUGUUCUGACUUUUAUACUGCCUGUUUGGUGCAUUCUCUUCCCCUCCUUAUUGUUUUAUUAUGAUUUUAUUAGAAUGUAAGCCUGUGCGGCAGGGUCUUGCU